GACGGCUCAGCACACUCAGGACAGCUCGCGCCACACUCAGGACGGCUCAGCGCCACACUCAGGACGGCUCAGCACCACCAGGACGACUCAGCGCCACACCAGGACGGCUCAGCGCCACACAGGACGGCUCAGUACCACAGGACAGCUCAGCGCCACACCCAGGACGGCUCAGCACCACAUUCGACAGCAAAACUGAUCCUGUUACUGUUGUGUCCGCUGAGUUCUGUACACCAGUUACUGUUGUGUCUGCUGAGUUCUGUACACCAGUUACUGUUGUGUCUGCUGAGUUCUGUACACCAGUUACUGUUGUGUCUGCUGAGUUUUGUACACCAGUUACUGUUGUGUCUGCUGAGUUCUGUACACCAGUUACUGUUGUGUCUGCUGAGUUCUGUACAACGCAACAGGGACCAGGCAACAGGACUAACAGAGACCAGACAACAGGGGACCAGACAACAGGGGACCAGGCAACAGGGGACCAGGCAACAGGGACCAGGCAACAGGGCCACAACGGGACCAAAACAGGGACCAAUCAACAGGGACCAGACAACAGGGACCAGCAACAGACCAGGCAACAGGGGACCAAUCAACAGGGACCAGACAAGGGACCAGACAACAGGGACCAGGCAACAGGGACCACAGGACCAGGCAACAGGGGACCAGGCAACAGGGACCAGGCAACAGGGACCAGGCAACAGGGACGCAACAGGGGACCAGCACGACCAGGGACCAGGCAACAGGGACCAGGCAGGGACCAGCAACAGGGACCAGGCAACAGACCAGGCAACAGACCAGCAACAGGGGACCAGGCAACAGGGACCAACACAGGGACCAGGCAACGGGGACCAGGCAACAGGGGACCAGGCAACACAGGGGACCAGGCAACAGGGGACCAGCAACAGGGGACCAAUCAACAGGGGACCAGGCAACAGGGGACCAGACAACAGGGACCAGGCAACAGGGGACCAGCAACAGGGGACCAGGGAGGGACCAGGCAACAGGGACCAGGCAACAGGGGACCAGGAGGGGACCAGGCAACAGGGACCGCAACAGGGACCAGGGGACCAGCAACAGGGACCACAACAGGGGACCAGGCAACAGGGGACCAGGCAACAGGGGACCAGGCAACAGGGGACCAGGCAACAGGGACCAGCAACAGGGGACCAGGCAACAGGGGACCAGGCAACAGGGGACCAGGCAACAGGGGACCAGGACAACAGGACCAGGCAACAGGGACCAGGCAACAGGGACCAACAACAGGACCAGGCAACAGGGACCAGGCAACAGGGGACCAGGCAACAGGGGACCAGGCAACAGGGGACCAGGCAACAGGGGACAGACAACAGGGGACCAGGCAACAGGGGACCAGGCAACAGGGGACCAGACAACAGGGGACCAGGCAACAGGGACCAGGCAACAGGGGACCAGGCAACAGGGACCAGGCAACAGGGGACCAGGCAACAGGGGACCAGGCAACAGGGGACCAGGCAACAGGGGACCAGGCAACAGGGGACCAGACAACAGGGGACCAGACAACAGGGACCAGGCAACAGGGGACCAGUCAACAGGGACCAGGCAACAGGGGACCAGGCAACAGGACCAGCAACAGGACCAGGCAACAGGGACCAGGCAACAGGGACCAGGCAACAGGGGACCAGGCAACAGGGGACCAGGCAACAGGGGACCAGACAACAGGGGACCAGGCAACAGGGACCAGGCAACAGGGGACCAAAACAGGGACCAGGCAACAGGGGACCAGGCAACAGGGACCAGGCAACAGGGGACAGGCAACAGGGGACCAAUCAACAGGGACCAGGCAACAGGGACCAGGCAACAGGGGACCAGGGCAACAGGGGACCAAUCAACAGGGGACCAGACAACAGGGGACCAGACAACAGGGGACCAGGCAACAGGGGACCAGGCAACAGGGGACCAGGCAACAGGGGACCAGCAACAGGGGACCAGGCAACAGGGACCAGGCAACAGGGGACCAGGCAACAGGGGACCAGACAACAGGGGACCAGGCAGGGGACCAGGCAACAGGGACCAGUCAACAGGGACCAGGCAACAGGGGACAGGCAACAGGGACCAGCAACAGGGACCAGGCAACAGGGACCAGACAACAGGGACCAGGCAACAGGGGACCAGACAACAGGGGACCAGGCAACAGGGACCAGUCAACAGGGACCAGUCAACAGGGACCAGGCAACAGGGGACCAGACAACAGGGGACCAGGCAACAGGGGACCAGUCAACAGGGACCACAGACACUCAGAUACCUGCAGCAGACACUCAGAUACCUGCAGCAGACACCAGAUACCUGCAGCAGACACUCAGAUACCUGUAGCAGACACUCAGAUACCUGCAGCAGACACUCAGAUACCUGUAGCAGACACUCAGAUACCUGCAGCAGACACUCAGAUACCUGUAGCAGACACUCAGAUACCUGCAGCAGACACUCAGAUACCUGCAGCAGACACUCAGAUACCUGUAGCAGACACUCAGAUACCUGCAGCAGACACUCAGAUACCUGCAGCAGACACCAGAUACCUGCAGACACUCAGGAUACCUGCAGCAGACACUCAGAUACCUGUAGCAGACACUUAG